UCAAACGAAAUAGUUGCAACUACAAUAAACAAAAUAUAUAAUAAUAGGACGUAACAAGUGCACGUUUGUAAAAUAUGGCGAAAGUUUUGCAACUUGCUUUUAGCGGUUUACGCAGAGCUAACAAAAAUUUUAUUGCUUCUGCCUCGCGUCAAUAUGCAAAAGCCGCUUAUGAAGCUGAUGGCAAAACUAAAGUCUCAAUUUUCAACACUGAACAGGAGUAUGGGCUCAUGAUAACCGGAUUCAGUCAGUAUGGCUUCCGUCUUAACAAUGAUAUGGUAAUAGUGGGACCAAUGGCAAUAUUUCCACGCUCUGUUCUUUCAUGGAAUGUUAGCACCUAUGAAGACAUUAACGAAGAUAGCUUGAGCUUUUUCUGCACUCUUGAACCUAAAAUUGACAUCCUUAUUCUUGGUAUUGGAGACCAGCCCGUUACCCAAAGCCUUUCCAAAGUCAUAAUUGAAUUCAUGAAAAAACAUAAAAUUAAUGUUGAAAUACUACGUACCGAGCAGGCGUGUGCAACAUUUAACUUUUUGAAUGCAGAAAGUCGUAUGGUGGCAUCAGCACUUAUACCACCACUUCAUAUUAGCUACAACGAAAACGAUAUUUUGCAAAGUAAAUUGCGCAGAAAAGAGAUUUAUGACGAAACCGACUGAGAACGUAGUGAUCUUCUAUCAUGUAGUUAUAUAGUAUAAAUGUAGACUAGUCUAGCAAGAAUUAUUUGUUAAUGCUUGGUAAUAUAUAAACUAAGGCAUGUUAUUUAAUUGUAUACUAUAGGAAGAGUUAGUUGACUCCAGCACCUAGUUUUCGUUUUAAAUAAACACUUUGAACAAAUAUAAAACAGCUGCAAAUUUGAAAA